AUGGUGAUGGGAGCUCCAUUGGUGGAUGCUCGACAUUUAGCGGAACGCUAUGAACGGAUGCGACAAGAAACUGGAUCUCAGACUAUUGAAGUAUCAAAAAGAAAAGCUAAGGUUAGAGAGAAUUCUGGUAAACAUGUGUUCUGUCUUUACAUAGAAGCUUUUGUUAGUGUCGUUUAA